GUCCCAAAAGGGACACUAAGUGUAUUUUGGGGAACUUGGACCGCGUCACAGCUAAUUCACAGGUUACCCGCAUUAAAAACAUUUAACCACGGUCGAUGACGUCAUCGUAAAGAUGAUGUCAAAUGUAGGCAUCCUGUUCAUUAAAAUAUGCAGCAGCAGUGAAAAUUAGUCAGGACGUGUGGCACACAGUGUCAGUGGAACCAGUCUUCGUGAAUUGUCUUCAGAUGAACAAGAAUUGAUACUCACAUUUUCAGCUCGAUUACCUAGUACCCCCAACUACCUCCUGCAGAACAGCACAUCAGCACACAAACUACCUCUCUGACCAGUUCCUAAAUGCAUAAUCUUUUCUAUAGUUACUGCAUCGCUAUGUCAGUUAAUGUAAAGCUUUAAAGUAUCAUCGCUGGACAGUGCACUGAUUUAUACAAAUAACAGCAAGGUGAGUCGAAGCUGCAGGUACUUGCUCAGAGCCACGUAAGGUGUCUUCCGCUAAUAAAUAAGCUCAGUUUGCUUGCAGGUCAUUCCUGGAUGCUAAAGGCGCCCGUACUGAUGUUCUUGGACAACGUCUUAGACCAAUUGGUGUACCAGAGGACAUGUUUAAAGUAGGUGAGGACUGCGAUGUAGCUGAACUCUGAAUAUUAAACCGUCCUGAGGUGCUAGCAAACGUUGUCUUCUGAUGGCGUCGACUGACAGACAAGAAAUGUUUCUUUGGAAGAGUAAAGGAUAUAAGCAACCUCUGAAUGAGUAAUUAAUUAGUUAACAGUAGCAAGGAUGCAGCCGUGUCACACUAUCAAAUGCUUGUUUAUCAAGGUAGCAUGAGAAUAUAAUUCUACAUUCUGAAACACUAUUUUUAAGAGAAAGUGCAACUUGCUAAUUGUUGACAUCUGCAAAGCAAUGCCUGUUUGCACACCAAGCAACAAACAGUGCAUCUUAUUCACUUUGUCCACUUUUGGGAAUCAGUGCUGUCACAUUUGGGAGGUUUUUUUUCCCUACUUUAAGUGACGUCAUACAGGGCUGGUCCGAAAGAGCGGGGCUGUUGGAAACCAGAGAGAAAUUCUCAGAGAUGCUGAGAGGGAACGCUAUGAGCUGCAGAGCAGACAUGAUGCUGCUAUUCGUUUGAUGCGCACACUUCAAACUGCUUCACUUUGGGCAUUUUAAUUUCUUCACACAAAACUCAAAGUCUGACUAUGGAGAAUAGCUCAGAACCUCUUCAUGCUUCUUGAGGAAUACCACCAGAUCACUGGGAUUCAGAGUAGUUUUAAUUCUUUGCCCAAAUGGACUACAAGACUUCCACUGCCGGGAAUCGAACUCAGCGCUUUGUAUCAGGACCAUAUGAUUUACACUUUUAAGUCAUGUAGAGGGGCUUCUCUUCGCUGCGUAUUUGUGUUUAUUUUAGAGCUAGUAUCAGGACUACUGAGAUGAACGUUAUUCUGUCAAACCCUUACUUUCCAUAGCUUUUAAGUCCUGAUCAGCUGGGUUCCUUCUAACUAAAUGUCGUGCAUUGCUUCUUUUGCAUUUUUCCUCUCUCCAUAUGUGUUUCAAAAGAAGUAUUUGCGUUUCUAAAAGGACAAUCAAGAGCUGUCAUCGUUGUUGCAGGCAGAGCUCCAUAUCUGGAAGCAAAGGAAUUCAUAAAUAAUUCCCCAAGUGAUGUGUUGAUGUUGUAAGAUUCUCACACUGUCCAUCGCACUUUGAUGAAUCCCUACUAAAGAUCUGCGUGGAAAUAGACCAGGAAAGACACAACACAGCUCACGGCAGCAAUGCCACUUAGGUUAGGAGAAGCCAGUCUGCCUCUCCUAACCAUCAGAGCGUGAGAUUAUUCAGAAUGGAUUAUUUUUAUUUAUAAAACUUUGUAAAAAAAUGGACAUCUUUAUGAGGAAUGUACAGAAGGUGGGAAUGUGAAUAUAUAAACCCGCCAUCAAAUUAACAACCAAAAUGUGGAUAAAACAGCUUUUAGGACUAAGCCUGAAGCCUGUAUGUGGUCCAGCAGGCCAUGCUGGGAGCCGUGUCUGGAUAUUGCUAGCCAUGUUUCACUUAGCCAUGGAGAUUAUAUCAUGUGAACCAGUAUUUCAAGCCAGAGGUUACAGAUUAUUAUCCAGGCCUUCUCUUCGACAUAGAGCUUCCCAUUUUCCAUCGUGGAAUGUUCAGAAUGGACAACAAGUGAUUGUUUCAAGUCACUGGUGGAACAGGUUUGAAAAGCACCAUGGAAGGGGUGAUAUGUAUCGGUACCAGCCUCAUAGGCAUCACAAGCACAGAGGACUCCUAGCCAUCCUUCUUUGUAAAGGCUGUCAAAUCAUGCAUUCUUCCACAAAAUCACUAGACCCUUCAAAUUCAUUUGGCAAAAGAAACCUGGCCCAUCUGAGGUUUUUGAAACGUUCAAAAAGACAAACAGAAAAAAAUGACUGGGAUAGCUAUCAGUACAAGGAAUUAUUUCUGCGUGGGGACAGUCCAUCUACAACUGUUUCUGAAUAUAUUGAAUGGGGCCCAACAGGAGAUGAUGAUACAAGUACAUUUACUUGGGAUUACGAUGCCACUCGGACCACCAGAGCCCCACGUUUUAUUACAAGCACCACAAUGGCUAGGACAACCACUGCUCUAAUAACAACUAUAACAUCAACAACUACAAGACCAGUGACUGCCAAAUCAGAGGAAUUUACACCUACACCAAAAUCAGCGACAGCUGGUAUAACCCCAGGAAGAAGUAGCACAACCGAGCCAUAUGGCUAUACAGCUAGGCCACCCAAGCCAAUGGGAGUUACAACAGGUCUUGCUGUUCACCAGAUUAUAACCAUCACCGUAUCCCUAGUCAUGGUCAUCGCAGCACUGAUUACAACACUUGUCUUAAAGAACUGCUGUGCACAGAGUGGCAAUGGGCAUCGCAACAGUCAUCAAAGGAAGAUAAAUCAGCAGGAGGAGAGCUGCCAGAAUCUGACCGAUUUCACUGCAGCUCGCGUGCCAAGCAACAUGGACAUAUUUACAGCCUAUAAUGAAAGCUUACAGUGCUCACAUGAGUGUGUCAGUGCAUCGGUACCCGUUUACACAGAUGAAACACUGCAUCCUCCAGCGAUGUACAAGACUGCAUACAAUGGAAGCAGUCCAUAUUAUCCUGUACCUAGUCCUUCCGCCAAGACAAGACAAAGACCCUAUGUGUAUUAUCAGCAUCCAAAUAUACAGCACAUCCAUGGCAGAAUUCCUUUAGUGAACCUGUGAACAACACAGGCAACAUUUUGUACUCCAGUGGGACUCAAACUGAACAGAACUUUGUUGGACAGAUUUAUUUUUAUAAAAUCUAAUGCCUAUACAUAUUGUUAUAUUAAUGAAUAUUUAUUUAGAAAAGAGACAUGAACACAUGGAAAAUAAUGAACCAAUAAUGGACUUUUUCAGAUAAAGACUAUGGACAUUUCCAAAGGAUUCUUGGAUCUGGACUGUGAUUCUGAACCUGUGCCAAUAAUACCAUUAUGUGCCAUGUGUGUUUGAUAGACACUUCAGAAGCUGAUGUACAUUAAAUAAUGAACAUUAAAGAAUGCGAUACAUUAAAAGUGA